CCGCUUCCGCGAGGCCGGAUCCCCUUAAACGCCUCUCUAGCUGCUCCUGCUGUCGGUUAUGGUUCUGGGGACGUGGCGAGACAAGAGACUGCGGAGGAAAAGGUAGCUGUUGAAGAGUCACUAGGAGCGGGUCCCUGAGGCGUCUUGGGGACCAGAAGGAGAAGGAAAUACCAAAAAGUGACAAUUGUUUGCCCUUCAUCUGAUAAAACAGGGCUCGACACCCCUCGAGGCAAGGAAAUGAGAAAACUGAUUUUCCUCUGAUCCAAGCAGAGCAGGUCCAACUUCAGUGGCAGAUCUGGUGGCCUUGGAGUGGCUGAAGACCACCACCCUCCACAGGGCUGCGCUCAGGCACACAGCCAUCCUUUCCUUCCCUGAGUGAGCUUCCUCUGCACGUUGUUUAUAUCACUGGCAGAGCCUAUAGUUGGAAAGGGGUCUGAGUGACAACUGGACUUUGUAUGAAAACACCAACCUGGGACAGACCUUCAGUCAAGGCUGAGACGCGGGUGGGGGUUUACAUAACUUGACCUUGCCUUUAACUUGGAUCAUGAUUGGCUUUGAGGCUAAGGCAGGGGCAGAGGAGGGGCUGGGGCUGGCCUGAAAGCUGGAAUCAGUGGCCCUGUCCACACUAGAGCCAAGGCUAAGAUCCAAGCCAAGGCAGUGGCUGAGGCAGAACUGAAAACAAGACCAGUGACCCAGGUCAAGGCUGAGGAUGGAGCAGUGGCCAGGACACAGACAGUGACCUACACUGAGGCCGUGGCUAUGACAAGGGAAGCGAGCAAGAUGGAAGCUAUGACUAAGACUAGAGACAUGGCUGAGACUAAGGCAAAACCCGUGGCCAAACCUGGUAUAGUGUCCGAAACCAAGUCGAAGGCCGUACCUAUAUCCAGGGUCAGUGCUGGGACUAAGUAUGAAGUCAAGGCUGGUGCUGGAAGUGAAGCCAGUAUCAGGUCCUUUGCCAAAGCUGAUGAUAAAGGCAAUAUUGGGUCCAGAUCCCAAAGGAGGAGAGAGGCCAGCAUCAAGUUGAGGGCUGGGGACAGGGCUGGUAUUGUAAUCAAGUCCAGUGAUGAGGAUGAAGAAAAUGUCUGCUCUUGGUUUUGGACUGGAGAAGAGCCUAGCGUAGGAUCCUGGUUCUGGCCUGAAGAAGAGACCCCUUUCCAAGUUUAUGAGCCUCCACCUAAGAUCGAGGAAAAGCCCGAGCCCACACCCAAACCCAAACCUGAACUCACUAUAAAGCAAAAAGCAGCAGCGUGGUCAAGGGCCAGGUAUUGUGUCCUAGUCCCAGUAGAGGGAGGGCAGGGAUCCUUGCCUCCAGAGGGGAAUUGGACUCUGGUUGAGACUUUGAUUGAAACUCCUCUGGGGAUUCGGCCUCUGACCAAGAUCCCACCCUAUAAUGGCCCUUACUUCCAGACCUUAGCUGAGAUCAAAAAACAGGUUAGGUAUAGGGAAAAGUAUGGGCCCAAUCCAAAAGCCUGCCGCUGCAAAUCACGUGUUUUUAGUUUAGAGCCUAAAGAGUUUGAUAAACUCGUUGCCCUACUUAAGUUAACUAAGGAUCCUUUUAUUCAUCAAAUAGCUACAAUGAUAAUGGGCAUCAGUCCUGCUUAUCCAUUUACUCAAGAUAUAAUUCAUGAUGUAGGUAUUACUGUUAUGAUUGAAAACUUGGUCAAUAAUCCCAAUGUUAAAGAACACCGCAGAGCUUCAAAUAUGGUGGAUGACAACUCUGAGUCUUCUGCAGGACCAAAUACAGGAGAAUCGUACAUAAAUCAAGUUUGUAAGGACAUAACCUCUUAUCCCUUGAACUCCCCUUUGCAACUGGCUGGACUAAAAUUAUUAGUGCAACUGAGUGUAAAAUUUGAGGAUCACCAUACGAUUGUCAGUUACAUUCCAGAUUUCCUCACCUUGUUAAACAAGGGAAGUGUCAAAACCAAGUUUUAUGUUUUAAAAGUGUUUUCACGCUUGUCUAAAAAUCAAGCCAAUACAAGAGAACUGAUCAGUGCCAAAGUACUUUCAUCAUUGGUUGCACCCUUUAACAAAAAUGAGUCAAAGGCCAAUAUUCUUAAUAUCAUUGAAAUAUUUGAGAAUAUAAAUUUCCAGUUCAAAAAGAAGGUGAAGCUAUUUACCAAGGAAGAGUUCACUAAAUCUGAACUUAUUUCCAUAUUCCAGGAAGCAAAAGAGUUUGGUCAGAAACUACAAGACUUAGCAGAGCACAGUGAUCCUGAGGAGCUCCAGACGCAGGAAGUCAUCCCGCGGGAGGCCUUCGUGGAGGGAAACGGCCGUCGCUGUUGGAGGAGCUGCAAUAUAUAAAGAGCUUGGAAGUCAUGACUCCCAAACUUACAACAAGAAAAAGCUGAAAAAAAAGCCUGAAAAUACCUGGCUUUUCUUGGAUCCAGAGAACAAAGGUUAUAGGGCAAACCACCACCACAAAAUCUGGAGAAACAGACAGACUGAGAAUCACAGUUGAGAUCUGCUUACCCAGAAUAGACUCCACUGGAGCCAUAAACUGGUAAGAAUACUUAGAUGGUAAUUUUGGUAAAUUGCUGGAGGCUAAGUGUGGACCAUCAGAGGAGUGAGAAAUUCUGUGUGUCACAAUCGUAUAGGAGCUUUUGUGGAUUUGACCUCCAGGAAAACCACUCAGUUCUCAAGGUGAAGAGCCAAGAAGUGUUCCCUCAUGGAUAUAGCAGAGGGAUGGGAAGAGUAACCAUUUUGAAAUACAGUCAAAACAUUCUUCAUGACAGCUGCCUACUCUGAAUGGGAAAAGGCUACCAGAGCCUUACCCCACCUGGGGAAAGGCUUUUUUUUUCCAACUCCAGCCACAUCUAGCAUUUCUUAUCUUGCCUUGGAAUGAAAAAAGGUAUGAAACAUUUGUGAGGUCACAGACCAGAGGAAAAUACACAACUCUAGCUUCUUCUAGACUUCCUGUCUCACCUAAAAAAGAAAAAAGAAACUGAGAAGCACUUGUGAAAGUCACAAACCAAGGGCAAAGGCUCACUGAAACACUGAGACAAAAUAACAGAACCAUAGAAUGUUUCCCAUUCCUUCCACACCAUUCAAACACAUCAAUAAGACUCAUGUAUAAUAACAGCAGAUUAAUUCUGAAAGAAGUGUACAUCUCAGACCCUAUUUAAGAAAAAGUCUCUACUCCUCAUCCUAGGGUCCACAGUAAUAGAAUUAUGGAUUCUGGAGUGAGAAAGAAAUUCCAAGAUUCAGCUUCCUGGCAGCUCCAGGCAGCAAGACACAUAAAUCAUCCUUAAAUGGUUUUCUGCCUCUCCUAUCAUGUAUCCAAAGCUGAAGGUGAUGUGCUCUCUCACAAUAAGUUAAUAUUUUUAUCUCACACCCUCACCAGGCAGUCCAUUUCUAACCCAUCUCUCUCUUGCUGCAAUAUGUCAAUUUCUGACUUCAUGGCAAUAAGGCAGCUGUGGUAUACCUAGCUAAUAAUAACCCUCUAACUCCUUACAGCCACUUAGCCUUCCCUCAGCUUUAUUUUACUCCUAAAAAGUACUUUCUCUUUUAAACUCUAUUCAUAGGUCUUUCACAUCAUUUUAAUCAAAAUAUUUCAGGGUCUUCUAUAGCAACAUUUCCUAGGUUCAUUAGAGCAGGCUAAAAAAAUAGAAUGCCCCUUAACAUCCUGGUGUUCAAUGGAAUAAAAUUUGGGAAGCAUGGUUCUGUGAUGAUUCCACAUUGCUUUUUAAAUUCAUGGAAUUGGGGGGGUGCUGGUUAGGUUUGUUUAUUUAUUUAUUUUUAGAGGAGGUACUGGGGAUUGAACCCAGGACCUUGUGCAUGCUAAGCAUGCAGUCUAUCACUUGAGCUAUACCCUCCCUCCUCCACAUUGAUUUUUAAAUAUUAAGAUAAAAGCUAGAUGUGGAAUCCUUGUAAAAGCAUCAUUUGUAUCACAUACAGUAUCAAGAUGCCUUCCCAGCUUCAGCAAGGUCAUAUUUCUGUUUUUAAAAAAAUUCUCUAGGGAAACCCAAGGACAGCAGGGGAGACAAAAACAAGAACAUCAGAAGAAUAUUUAGCCUCUGACACACACAGCUAUAGCAAGUGGUAUACAUAUCCUUACUCCUAGCUAGAUAAACAUAAAACCUCACACUAAAGGUAUAUUUACCUCAGUUUCUUUAACCCAUGUUGUCUACCAGUUAACAGAAAAUUACAAGGCAUACUAAAAAUCAAAACAAAACAAACAGAUAAAAAAAAUCCACACACCAGUAUCAAGACACAAAGCAAGCAUCAGAACUAGAUUCAGAUAUGGCAGAAAUUUUGGAAUUAUAAGAUUAAUAAUUUAAAACAACUAUGGUUAAUAUGCUAAGUGCUCUAAUGGAAAAACUGGACAACAUGCAAAAACAGAUGGGUAAUAUAAGCACAGAGCUGGAAACCCUAAGAAAGAAUCAAAAGUGAAUGCUAGAAAUCAAAAAGUGUAAAAGAAAUGAAGAAUUUUUUGAUGAGCUCCACAAUAGACUGAACAUGGCUGAGAAUAGAAUCAAUGAGCUUAAAGAAAUGUCAGUAGGAACUUCCAAAAGAGAAUACAAAGAGAUAAAAGAAUGAGAAAGACUGAACAGAAUAUCCAUGAACUGUGGGAUAAUUACAAAAGGUGUUGCAUACAUGUGAUAGAAAUAACAGAAAGGGAGAAACAGAGGAAGUAUCUGAAGUAAUAAUGGCUGAGAAGUUUCCAAAAUUAGUGACACACUUCAAACCAUAGAUUAGGAAUCUCAGAGAACAUCAAGAAGGAUAAAAACCAUAAAAUCUACACCUAGGCAUAUCAUAUUCAAAUGGAAGAAUAUCAAAGACAAAAAGAAAACAUUGAAAAAAGCCAGAGAUAUCAACCAUAUUACCUAUGGAGGAGCAGGGGUAAGAAUUAAAUCACAUUUCUCUUCAGAAACAUACAAGCAAGAAGAAGGUAGAAAGAAAUUUUUAAAGUGUUGAAGUAAAAAAACACCAACCUAGAAUUCUGUAUCCAGUGAAAUUAUUCUUUGAAGGUGAAGGAGAAAUAAAAACAUCUCAGACAAAUAAAAAUUGAGAGAAUUUGGUCCCCAGUAGACUUGUCCUUUAGGGAUGUUAAUCAAAAUUUUUCAGAGAAAAGGAAAAUUAUACAGAUCAAAAAAACUCAUAUCUAUCAAAAAAGGAAGAGUGUUAAGGAAUAAAUGAAAGUAAAAUGAAAUCUAUCUUUUUAUUCUUAGUUGAUUUAACAGAUUAUAGUUUGUUCAAAGUAAAAAUAUCAGCAAUGCAUGUGGUGAUUACAGCUUAUAAAUAAGUGAAAUGAAUGACAGCAAUGUUAUAAGGGAUGAGAGGGAGGAAUUGGAAAUACUCUGUUACAAAGAACUUGCACUGCCUAUGAAGCAGUGUAGUGUUAUUUGAGAGUGAACUUGGAUAUUGCAAACUUUAGGGCAACCACUAAAAAAGUAAAAAUAGAAGUGUCAUUUUUAUGCUACGAGAAGAGAGAAAAUGGUAACAUAAAAUGUAUAAUUUAAAACAGAGAAGGCAGAAAAAAAGACUAAAAAAGAAACAAAAAUGGAAACAUAUGGAAAACAGUAACAAAUAUGGUAGGUAUUUAUCUAUAUCAAUGAUCACUUUAGACAUCAGUGGUCUAACACCAAUCAAAAAAGAUAAGACUGUCAGGGUGGAUUAAAAAAAUAAGAUCCAGCUACAUGCAGUCUACAAGAAACCCACUUGAACUAUAAAGACACAGAUAAAAAUAAAGGGAUGGAGAAAGAAAUAUCAUGAUAAUACUAAACAAAUGAAAGCUGGAGUAGCUCUAUUAAUUUCAGACAAAGCAGGAUGCAGAGCAUGGAACAUUCCCAGGAGAAGGGAGGAACUGCAUACUGAUAAGUGGCCCAAUUCUCAAAGGAGACUUAACAGUCCUUAAUGUGUAUGCAUCUAACAACAAAAUGCAGAAAUACAUGGGGCAAAAACUGACAGAAUCACAAAGAGAAAAAAGACAAAUCCACUAUUAUAGUUGGAGACUUCACCACCUCUCUAUCAGUAACUGACAGACUCAGCAGAUACAAAGUCAGUAAAAACAAACUUGAACUGAACAACACCAUCGAUCAAUAGUAUCUAAUUAAUAUUUAUAAAAUAUUUCAUCCAAAACAGCAGAAUACACAUUCUUCUCAAGCUCACAUGGAACAUUCACCAAGAUAGAUCACAUUCUAGGACAUAAAACAUACCUUUAAAAUUUUAAAAGAAUAGAUAUCAUUUAAGUCAUGUUCUCAGAUCACAAUGGAAUUAAACUAAACGUCAGUUACAGAAAAACAACUGGAAACCUUAAAACAUUUGGAGAUUACCCAAUACACUUCUAAAUAGCACAUGGGUUAAAGAUCUCCCAAGAGAAAUUUUUAAAUAUUUUUUAAAAUAUUAUGAAAAUUUGUCAAAGUUGUGGGAUACUUAAAGGGAAAUUUAUAGCACUGAAUGAAUAUAUUUUAGAAAGGAAAAAAAUCUAAAAUCAAUAAUUGAAGUUUCCACCUUAGCCACCAGAGAAAAAAAAUUAAAUCCAAAGUAAGCAGAAGAAAAGAGAUUAAAAAAUUAGAGCAGAAACCAAUGACACUGAAAACAGUAAAUCAAUAGAGAAAUUCAGUAAAAC